AUGUCGCCUGCACUGCAAAUCUCGAUCCCGUCAGCGUCGACAGCCACACCACUAGAUGGCAAACCAUAUACACAGUACACAAUUGUCCUCCAGCUACCACUGCGCAAGCACGAGAUCAAGAAACGCUACAACGACUUUGUUCAGCUGAACGAGACUCUGACAUCACAAUGUUCCGAGGCUCCUCCCGUACAGCUCCCAGCUAAAUCGUGGUUGCGACGAACAGUCAACAACCCAGCUCUCACCGAAGAAAGGCGACAAGGUCUGGAGAGGUAUCUUCACAGCAUAAUCGCAUCAGAUGAUGCUCGAUGGCGGAGUAGCAGUGCUUGGAGGAGCUUCCUCAACCUGCCUAGUGGUGGUGCGACCACUACAACGACCAACGGCAGGCGGCCAGGGAGCUCAAGCGCCAUUAUAGAUCCGAAUCAGUGGCUCGAUGUCCAUCGAGACUUGAAGUCACAGAUUCAGACGGCACGACAGCAGUUGAAACAGCGGGAAGCGGCGACAACGGCUCAAGCUCAGCACACACUAUCUGCAGAAGCCAAGGCUAGUCUUGUGCGAGCUGCAACUUCGAUAGCACAGCUUGAUGAUGGAUUGAAGAGUAUUACCACURCUAGCAAGGGAGACGACGCUGGAUGGGGUAGCAGUAAAAAACUGGGAGAUGGUGAGCUGAGACGGAGACGCGAUUUGAUUGGCGCCGCGAAGAAGGAAGUGGAAGGGCUGGAAGGAGUGCUGCGGAGUAUGGCUACCAAGACCGCCAGCACCUCAAGUAGUAUGAACACCAGUGCUACUGCUACCUCGGGCGACAAAGAAGCUUUAUGGAGAGGAACGUCGGCUGCAAAACCCAGUGGCCGAGUGCUUGGUGGACCUGCAAAGGAGACGGAACGCACGAGGGAACUGGACAACGCUGGUGUAUUGCAGUUGCAGAAACAAGUCAUGCAAGAACAGGAUGAAGAUGUGCUCUCCUUGGGAAAGACCGUGGCUAAACUCAAAGACAUGGGUAUCAUGAUCAACGAGGAACUGGCUAUCCAAAAUGAAAUGCUGGGGCUGGUGGAAGAGGACGUCGACAGAGUGCAAGGCAAGAUCGAUAUCGGGAGAAGACGAAUUGGAAAGAUCAGUUAG